UUUGCAAGCACUGCAAUGCACACACAAAUGCUCAGAUGGAUUCCACAGAAGUAGCUACUAAGCCACAUGCUCUUUGUAUUCCAUUCCCUGCUCAAAGCCAUAUAAAGGCAAUGAUUAAAUUUGCAAAGCUCCUCCACCGUAGAGGUUUUCAUAUAACCUUUGUUAACACAGAGUUCAAUCACAAGCGCUUUCUUAAAUCUUUAGGACCCAAUUCCCUUGAUGGCUUGCCUGAUUUUCAAUUUGAAGCCAUCCCAGAUAGCCUUCCAGAUUCAAAUGAAGACACCACACAAGAUAUCACUUUGCUUUGUGAGUCCGUCAGAAAAAAUUUCUUGGCUCCCUUUCAUACCUUCCUUGCAAAACUCAACAAUGAUGCCAUAGAAACAUCCAGCAAUCCUCCUGUGACUGGCAUAGUUUCAGAUGGUUUCAUGUCCACGUUCACAAUCAUAGCUGCUGAAGAAAUUGGAGCCCCUAUAGUUCUGUUCUACACUAUAGCUGCCUGCAGCUUCAUGGGAUUUAAACAACUUCGCGCUGUGGUCGAAAAAGGACUUGCUCCACUCAAAGAUGAUGAGAGCUGUUUCACAAAUGGCUAUCUGGACACCGUACUAGAUUGGAUCCCGGGAAUGAGAGAUAUCCGAUUGAGGGAUCUCCCGACCUUCUUGCAAACCACAAGUACAGAUGACACCAUCUUUAACUUCGUCAUGGAAGCAACCGAUAGAGCUCAUGAAGCUUCG